AUGGCGUACGUGCAGCCGCUGAUGGAGCAUUACGACACGCGGAACUCGCCGUUCCUGGACCUUCAGAGCCCGUUCACGGCGUGGGAGAAGGUCAAGAUGGCAUUAAUGAUCGUGACAGUGAUACCUAGGGCGCUGCUGGGCCUGAUCGCCCUCAGCUGCAUGGCCCUCAUGAGCACAGUGGCAACUCUAGGUUGGCCCCUUGACAAACCGCUACCCCCAGAACGGAGGCGAAUUGUGCUGCUAUCUCGCCAUUUUGCGAUGUUUUGCAUCUGGCUGCUUGGAUUCUGGGUUCGAUAUUAUGGGUGGGAGAACAUUAAAGAGGCAGAAAGGAAGAACAUCAAGUUGAGCAUCUUCAAUCAUGUCUCAUAUGUGGACUCCUUCAUCAUGGUGGCACUCUUUGCCCCUGCAGGCCUGUCCAAGGCCAGCAAUGCUGAGUACCCCAUCAUCGGCCGCUGUGUUCGGUCCCUUCAGAACAUUUACGUUCCAGACAAUCGACAAAUCAAAAAGGAGAAAAAUGGUGCACAGUUGCCCAAAACGGAGAGCAUCAGCACACAGAUAACAAAAAGGGUCACUGACCCAAGGUAUCCAAUGCUCGCUGUGGCUCCAGAGGGGACGUGUGGGGACGGCCGCUCCGUCAUGAAGUUUCGAACGGGGGCCUUUGUUGCUGGCGUGCCAGUCCUGCCGGUGGUGUUGAAGUACCACAACAACGGGGUGAACCCUGCAUGGGGCAUCGUGGACCUGGGCAUGCACGUGCUACGAGUUCUUUGCCAGUUAUACAAUGCUGUUGAUGUGCACAUCCUGCCGCCUUACAUGCCCUCUGAGGCUGAGAAGAAAGACCCCAUGUUGUAUGCUAACAAUGUGAGGAAACUCAUGGCGGACACCCUGAAGGCGCCCAUGGUGGAGCACAUGUACAAUCAUUUCUACGCGCUUACGAAGCUCGGCGUUGGCGUGUCAAGGGACGGGACCAGGAUCACGGCCCCCCCUGGGGUCGUGGACACAGAGGGCUUCGUCGAUCUCACCCCAGUGUUGAAGAAACAAGAGUGA